AUGCUUCCAUUGCUGCUGUUGCUGAGAAUGAGGUUGAGGCGGCGAACACGGGAACUUUAUCCCUCGAUGUGGACCUGCUCGUCAACAGUAGGACCUCCAGUUGUGGUUGCGUUCUUCCAUCCUUACUGUAAUGCUGGAGGUGGUGGAGAGAGGGUUCUUUGGUGCAGUAUCCGAGCAUUGCAGCGCCGUCACCUUUUCGUCCAUUGUGUGGUAUACACGGGCGACUGUGGAUAUACCCCUGAAGAAAUAUUAGAAAGAGCCAAGGAGAGGUUCAAUAUUGAUUUGCAUAAGCCAGUCCAUUUUGUUUUCUUGAAGAAACGACGGUGGGUCGAGGCUGAGAUGUGGCCAUACUUCACAUUGCUGGGUCAAAGUUUAGGGUCAAUGUUGCUGGGACUUGAAGCUUUGCUAAAGUUUGCACCUGAUGUAUACAUAGACACAAUGGGAUAUGCAUUCACUUUUCCAAUUUUUAAGUUUUUAGGAGGCUGCAAUGUUGGCUGUUAUGUUCACUAUCCGACGAUUAGUACAGACAUGCUGACAAAGGUGAAACGCCGUGAAGCAGCUUUCAAUAAUGCCAGUAUUAUUUCAAAAAGCAUUGUCCUUACCCAAGCAAAGUUGUUGUACUAUAAGAUGUUUGCACUGUUAUAUGGCAUUGUGGGUAGCUGUUCAUCAAUAACAAUGGUGAACUCCUCUUGGACAUACAAUCACAUCCUUCAAAUAUGGAAAAAGCCAGCUUGUAUGGCAACUGUCUACCCACCUUGUGAUACUGCAGAGCUGGCAGUACUGAAUAAUGUGUCUGAAGAUCAAGAAAUUAAAGUUGUUAUAUCUAUUGGUCAAUUCAGACCAGAGAAAAACCACCAGCUUCAAAUUAAAUCAUUUUCAAAGUUUUUAAAAAGUCAAAAAUCUAAAUGUAGAAGUCUUUACCGCCUUUUGCUUGUUGGAAGCUGCAGAAACACAGAUGAUGAAAAAAGGGUUGAUGACCUGAAAAAUUUAUGCGAAGAACUGCAGAUAUCAGAGUAUGUUGACUUUCACCUAAAUAUCCCCUUUCCUGCACUAAAGCAACUCUUAUCACAGGCUUCAAUUGGUAUUCACACAAUGUGGAAUGAGCAUUUUGGCAUUGGAGUUGUAGAAUUCAUGGCUGCUGGAGUGAUUGCCUUGGCUCAUGAUUCAGGGGGUCCAAAGCUAGAUAUCGUAACAAAAUGGAAUGAGGAGAAGACUGGAUUCCUUGCAUCUGAUGUGACUGGUUAUUCAGCAUCAAUUUCUGAAAUCUUCCAGAAAGAUAGAGAGGAACGUGAAGAAAUCAGGCAAAAUGCAAAGGAAUCAGUUCAACACAGAUUUUCAGAAAAGAUUUUUGAAGAUGAAUUCUUAAAGUGCACAGAACACCUUUUAAGAUGA